AUGGCCCAGCAGCGAGCCACCAGCUUCGUGGUGGAAAAGGUGCUCGGCAUCGACGUCAACGAGCGGUACGCCCAGGUCCCGCUGGACCUCGAGCAGCGUGCCCGCAGCGUCAUAGACCCGGCAGACACGUACCUCGAAAACGAACCCGCCGUUGCGGAGGUGUUCAAGGAGCUGGUACCUACCCGCGAUGGCGCCAUCAGCUACAUCACAGAGCUGUUCCCGUCGGCCUCGUGGAUAAGGAGAUACAAUGUGCGCUGGCUGGCUGGCGACGUUCUUGCCGGCAUCACCAUCGGCCUUGUCGUGGUGCCACAGGCUCUGGCAUACGCGGCUCUUGCCCGCUUGGAUGCUGCCUUUGGCUUAUACACAUCCUUUACUGGUGCUAUAACGUAUUGGAUGUUUGGCACCUCCAAAGACAUUGUCAUUGGUACCACGGCAGUGGGGUCGCUACUCGUCGGCAAUGUUGUGGGUUCCAUUAAAGAGUCCCACGGCGACAAGUACUCGGCGCCUCAGAUUGCCCACGCCCUAGGCAUGCUGUCCGGCGCCGUUCUUCUGUUUUUCGGGCUGCUUCGACUAGGAUGGGUCAUCGAGUUCAUUCCAUAUAUUCCCAUCUCGGCGUUCAUCACCGCUGCGAGCAUCACCAUUAUGUCGACUCAAUUUCCAGUCGCUCUGGGGCUGCAGGGGGUAAAUACUAGAGAAGCCCCCUACAAGGUUAUCAUCAGCAGCCUCCAGAGGCUACCUACCAUGCGAGCCGACGCUGCCAUUGGGCUGACGUCUAUCGCGUUGCUUUUUGCAAUCAAGAGCUUCUGCUCCAGGAUGGAGCUGCGCAUGCCUCACAAAAAGCGCCUUUGGGGGUCCCUCUCGUCUUUCCGCCUGACGUUCACCAUGCUGCUUUUCACCUUUAUCAGCUACCUGGCGAAUCGGGGAUUGUCAAAGGACCAACACAAAUUUCAGAUUGUUGGCACGAUUGAGCGAGGCUUUCAGGAGGCGAGUGUUCCGCACCCGGACAGCGGACUGGUCAAGGCGAUUUUGCCCGAACUGCCUGCCGUGGCCAUCAUUUUGGUGAUUGAACACAUAGCCAUCUCGAAAGCCAUGGGACGCCUCCACGGCUACACCAUCAACCCGUCGCAGGAAAUUGUCGCUCUCGGCAUGGCCAACAUGUUCAGCCCAUUUGUUGGCGGCUACGUCUGCACUGGCUCCUUUGGCGCGUCUGCGGUUCUGUCCAAGGCCGGUGUCAGAACGCCCCUCGCCGGGCUCUUCAGCGCCUUGGUGCUCGUGCUGGCCCUCUACGCCCUCACGGGGGUGUUUUACUUUAUACCCAAGGCCGCGCUGGCCGGACUCAUCAUUCACGCGGUGUGCAACUUGAUGACACCGCCAGCGAAGCUGUACAAGUACUGGCAGCUGUCACCCAUCGAGCUGCUUAUCUGGAUUGUUGGUGUUUUGUUGGCCAUCUUUGAAUCCCUGGAGGCGUCUAUCUAUGCUGGAGUCGUCCUCUCGGUAGCGGUGCUGCUGUUCCGGAUCGCCAGGAAGCAGGGCACGUUUCUUGGUAUCGCGCAUGUGAGACGUGUUCGCGGCGAGAAGGACCUCGGUCCGGAUGGCAAAAGCUCGCAUCAGUCGCACCAGGUCUUCCUGCCUCUGGAACGACGGGGACCAUCGAACCCCAACAUCAAGAUCGACAGUCCUUACCCAGGCGUCUUUGUUUAUCGCCUAAGCGAAGGGUUCAACUACACCAAUCAGGCCUACCAUGUGGACACGUUGACCAAGUACGUCAUGGAUAGGACGCGGCGUAUGUCGCCCGAAGAGUUUGAGAGGGAGUCGGACCGCCUCUGGAACGAUCCGGGACCACGCACCUACGACAGCGAGUCGGAAUCGCUGCCUUACCUCCGUGCAAUGGUAUUCGACUUUGCGGCCGUCAACAACGUCGAUGUCACUUCGGUGCAGGGCCUGAUUGACUUGAGGAACACAUUCGACCGACACGCCGCGCCGGACACGGUGGAGUGGCACUUUGCCAACGUCCACAACCGCUGGACGCGCCGCGCCCUCGCGGCAGCCGGGUUCGGCUACCCGACCUCGCGUAAUUUAGAGGCGAUCAGGAACUGGCACCCAGUCUACAGCAUCGCCUCGACGCUCACGGAGAGGGACUGGCCAGUGUUUGGCAGAAACACUUGGAUCACGGAGCUGGACCAGGACGAGGAGCGUACCGCUGGGGCUAGGACGCCCGAGUCGCUGAGCUGCGCAUCCACGACCCAGGGAACACCGACAUCCCCACGACCGGUGCAGGGGUUUGAUGGGAAACAGGCGGCGGUGAGCGGCGUGGACAGACCGUUCUUCCACGUCGACCUGAGGGAUGCCGUGGAGUCGGCGGUUAGAGAUGCGCGGAGCAAGGACGGCCAUCACUAA